AACCAUUUGCCAAGUCAGGCUGCUUUUAGAAUUUUAGAUUACGGCUUUGGGUAAAGAUAUAGAUGCAAAAAAGCAGGUUUGAUCGAGUCUUUCUACUGUUAUCAGACAGAACAGAACAUCUCCAACUCCAUCCUUCGUGACAAAGUAACAUCUUUUCCUUAUCAUUACAACUUGGUCAUCUUUCUUUAUCACUUUUUCACAUUUUCUUGUUCACCUUUAUCUACUACUCUUUCCGCUCCCCACCAUCCUCUCGAUCAUCUUUUAUUAUAAUUCGACGUGCAUUGUCCUUACAGAAUCGCCAUUAUAUGCAUCACACUGACAAUCAGUUUGGCAUCUUCCCAGUACCCAGAGGCGUCUCUCAUUAAUAUGGCCGAAGGAGCUUCUAAAUGCUUCUUCCUCUUUCUGUCUCUCCUCACUGUCUGUUCUUCUGGAACUCUGGUGGGUUUCUCCGAUCAUGCAAGAGGCACUGCAGCUUCAUCACCUGCUAGAACAAUAUUGUUCCUCGAGCCGAACAAUGUCACCCCGUCUCAUAUUCAGGUUUUUGUAGCAGAUAAAAAGGUUUCAAAUACUCUAUCCGACUCUGGCGGAUCUGUUGAUCUCUACUUAAGUAAAAGCCUACUUGAGAAUUUGUUGAAUUCACAAUCAUCUGUUGUUUCAUGGCUGAAUAGACAUGUAAUGCCCUUUCUUCCACAUGUGAACAUCAAUAGCAUCAUAGUCAGUAGUGGCAAUGACGGUUCGGUACAAAGUGAGCUAUUAAUGCUUUUGUCUACCUUACAAUCAAUCCAAUCAGCCCUGAGUAAUCUUCAUCUGGAAAGCCAAAUUAGGGUCUCGGUAGCAUUUUCAAUGUCAAUCUUAAAGAAAUUGAAUCAAACACAGAAAAGAGACCUGCAUAGGAUUUGUGGUUUUAUUAAGAAAACUGGAUCUUAUGUCAUGAUUGAAGCCAGUAUUGAUAUACACUUAAGCAUGCGACAUAAGUUUGUGCAGUCUAUGAUUGAAAAAGCCAUCCUUACCAGUUAUCUUCUUCCUCACAAUGAAGUUCCAGUGGUUCUAGCCAUCAAGAGCACUCCCGUUCCGAGUGCAACAGAAGUAGCUCAAUUCAGUGAUAAGGUUUUCAAGUCAUUAGAAAACAACACUCAGCUAUCAAAGCAGAUAGUUGGGUUUUAUAUAGAAGUAUUAUCUACGGAUGAUUUAUUGCAGAGAGGGCUUAAAAGGGGAGAGCAAGAGAUCUUUCCUUCUUCCCAUAGAGAACUUAUAAGCAAAUCCCAACUCAAAACAAUUUUACAUGACGCUAUCAACCCACCAACAGUCUUUCCCACAGGUCCAAUAUCAACACCCCCAGUCAUCACCUCUCCAGAUAACCCCACACCAACCAUUGUCACCGUUCCUGCUACUAACCCUGUCACAAUUACACCAGCCAAUCCCGGUUCCACACCAUUAACAGUUCCCUCAGCCACGCCGGUCACAAUACCCUCCACAAAUCCUCCAAACUCACCAGUACCAAUCACCAACCCGGUAACAACUCCUAGCACAGUCCCAGGGGCACAACCAGUAACUAACCCUGUAACAACUUAUCCAGCCCCACCAGGAGCUGUUCCCGGCAUAAACCCAGAGGUACCUCCUGCAACAACAAAUGCUCCAGCAAUUCCAGGACAAAGCUGGUGUGUGGCCAAGACUGGAGCAUUGGAGGCAGCACUUCAGGCAGCACUGGACUAUGCAUGCGGAAUGGGAGGUGCAGACUGUUCACAAAUCCAGCAGAGUGGGAGUUGUUUUGAUCCAAAUACACUUCAAAACCAUGCCUCAUAUGCAAUCAACAGCUAUUAUCAGAAGAAUCCAGGGCCAACUAGCUGUGAUUUUGAAGGGACUGCAACCAUAGUCAAUGACAAUCCAAGCACUGGUUCUUGCAUUUACCUAUCAUCAUCAGCAUCAUCAUUGCCAUUAUCCUCAUCAUCACCAACAACGGCAACAAUUCCAACAGCACCAUCAUCGGCAGGGGCAGGUGUAUCAAGCUCCAGUCCUCCUACAGUGUUCAACACAGGUGAUCCAGCUUCAGGUAUGAUGCCAAAUUUAAGCCCUCCCGUCAACUCAUCAACAUCUUUUUCAUCUGGUUUGCAACCCAUUAUUGGUUGUAUUGUUCUGGUAACGUCCUUUGUUACCACAAAAAUAGUUCUGGACAUGUAGAGCUGCUAUUUCUCCAAGCACAUCAAUGGCUCUAGAUGUCAUUUCUUCCCUAGCAAAUCAUCUGAUUGAAUGGCUGUUCAAGUUGUGUACAGAUCCAUAUAUGCAGGACAGAAAUUAGAGGUAAGUUAAACAAUGCAGAACUAUAGACUUACGUACUGCUAAGAUAUUUUCCGGCUUUAUAUCAGCUUACCUGGGCCACCAACAUGUCUGCUGCUAAGCUAACAUUUACAGUUAAAACUUAAUCAUAACUUCUGUAUAUAGCAUUAUCUUCUUUGAGAAAACUAUGAUUUCAGGCAAUAAACUUGGAUGGUGUGGUAGUGGUUCUUGAUCCUGUAUAUGUGAAGAAAAUAUAUUUUGUGCAUGAUGUUGCUCAGACAAGCUUAAAUGAUUUUAGA